UUAGGAAGUGGUUUCACUUGGCCAAUACCUAGGGUGACAGUAGAAGUGAGUCAGGAAGCUCGUGCACUUGAUGCGGAUGAAGUCUCCACCCUAAAGACCUCUUCUUCUCUUCUCUCUUUUCAUUGCCCCAAACCAGAUAUGACAACAUCGAUUGACCACCAUCGCGCCCACCAAGAGGGACCAAUGUCGAUGUGGCCUUGAUUUGGCAAAGAGACACUGCAAAUGGGUCCUUGCUAAGAAGUUCCUCGAAGUUUGGUGGAGAUAUCACAUGUAACUCAUGGUUGGUGCAAGCCUCUUCCACCUCAAAUUCGUCCUCGACCUAGACGCCAAUUGCUUCUUCAAACCCUUUUCCUUCUUCAUGUGGUAUCACCCCUGGGAAAAGAUCAAGAACUCCUUCUGCUUCACUUUCGUCAUCCUCCACAACUUCUUUCUGAACCCUUUCUUGCUCUUCUUCUUCCAACACGGAUUGGAGGGCAAGUCGCCAAGCAAUUUCUUUGAUGUGAUCAUCUUGAAUUUCCUCACUCAUGCCCUCCUCUUCAAAGCUCAGUGUGGGAUUUGGGAAGGUGUGGUGGGCUACGACAGGACAUUCCUAAUCAUGAUCAUCACGCGAGCUCUCCGUGACAACUUCUGUCUGCUCCACAAUGUCUUUGUAGCCUUCAUCUUCGUCUUCCUCUUCUAGUAUAGUAGCAGAAGGGUGAUCUUGAGAAGGCUGUGCAUAAGAUUUCUCAAGAUCAUCGAGGCUCUUCUUAAUGCUUAGGAGGAUCUCCUUUGUUUCACGAUAGGCCUAGGUACAAAGAUCCAUCUUGGUGCAUGAUCUCUCAGUGUCUCGAGCAAACUGCUCCAUGAGAAGCCUCAAUUCAUAGUUUGGAUAUGGUUGUGGUGUGUAGCAUGGCUCUGCAGAAUGGCCCGUGAAAGGCCGACAUGGCUAUCUCCAGCUCUGAUGGCCCUUCUAGUUGUGGGAGAAAUUCUUCUUGAUAACGAGGUUGUUCUUGAUAUGCCCAGGGUUCUGAUUGUUCUUCGUAGUAAGGGGAUUUGUACUGGAACCCGAAUCCAUAGUCUUCUCCUCCUUGAUUGCUCCAGGGAGUCUCGGGGUAAUACCACUCGGACGAUGGUGGAUACCCCCAAUGGUUGGAGAAGCCAUGAGGAUCCAUGAUUCAAAUCUGCACCAACAAAAACAAAAACACCAAGUGAAAAGCAAGGGUGGAAAAGAAAAGAAAAACUCUAAAGCAACAAACUUGCCUUUCCUAAUAAUCUAGAAAGUCCCAGGCAACGACGUCAAAAACUUGACUCGCUAUGACACAACUCCUAACAAUGGCCAAGUGUAACUAAUGAAAGGGAUUGUAGUAUAGUGGCUCAAGUAAUAAAUAUCGAAUCCACGGGUCUAUAGAGUUACUAUUACUCAACUUCAGUUCAUUAUCUAGCAAACCAGAUUAAGAUGGAAGAACUAAAACUACUCUAACAAACUACAGUUAAAGUUAAUCUAAUUACAGGUUGGGAACUCACUUAGGUAUGAUUCCCCUAGCCACUAGCCAGAUUAAUGAUUGAUGAUCUCUAACUUGUUUCACUUUCAUUCACAAUGUGGAGAAUCCUUGACUAAACCUUGAAUCUCGACUAAAGGAUCAAGGCCCACUUGAGUCAAUUGCCUAGAGGGACGUAUCCUUCUCUAGAACAACCGAUCAAGGCGUUCUGAACUAGAUUCCCUCUAUUGAAUGAGGUUCUCAAUCGAUACAAAGCAUUGAAUCAACCCUCGACUAAAGAAAUUGAUCCAAUACUAUCAAUCUAUGGUGCUCUAUUGACCUAAUCAUGUAUUCGCUCUCAUAGGAUCAAAGGAGAAUCAAUAAUCUCGACUAAAGUAGAAUUGAAUCAUGAAAACAUGCAUAGAUUGAAUAUGAACUCAAGAUUAUCAAGUAAGAGUACUCAUACAAUCAUCCAAUCAAACAAACAUAGCUAGGGUUCCUCAAAACCUAAGUGAAGGGAAGUUACUCCAUAGAGAAGAGAGAGAAUGCAGUAAGAAUCUUCAGAUGAUUAGUCUUCAAGUCCGGGCUUGUUCCUCGAGCUUCCAAGGCGAAGAAAUCCUCCAAUUCCACUCCAAGAAUGCCCUCAAAUCGCCCUCUCUCUCUUUGGUUCGUCCCUUGGGUGUUUGGGAUCCAAAACCCAGCUCCCUCUCUGCAAAAACACACAAAACAGGAUUUUAACAACCUGCGUUCGCGAUCCCCGGUCAUAAUCCCCGGUCGGGUAUUUCGGGUGCCCGGUCGGGUAUUUCGGGUGCCCGGCCGCGGAUUUCGAAAUGCAGCGCAGCGGUACAGGGGAUAAUACCCUAUCGAGGUCAUGAAUACCCGAUCGGGUAUUUUUGCUCUCUGGUCGGGACCCCUUCUAUUUCUAGACGUCCAAAAUCGAUUUUCCCCGGCCUCUCUUAGCGAUUUACCCGGCCGGGUAUUAUUACUCAUGGUCGGGUAUAUUGCUCCUCCAGCCCCCUUCAACUCAAACGUCCUCCUUUUGACCCGAAACUCGUUUCCUCGCCUUAACGUCAACGACAAGCCCUGAAAUAUGACAUAAACACACAACCUAGCGUGAAAUCGGCUUAAAACACGAGAAUCUCUUCUCCAACGGCUCAAGAAUAGGGGUAUAAACAUGUGUAAUUAUU